UUGUUUUCCCAGUUGUCUCCAGCUACGUUCGACACUUUUAAUUUCUCUUUCAACCUGCACAGCUUCCGUUCAGCUCAAAAUGAAAGAUAACAUUGAGCCUUCUGAACUUUGACCUCUCCGCUGUGACCUGUAGGACCUAAUGGUGGGUGACGAGGCGAGCGAGCUGCGCUCCAUGCUGGAGGUGAACUACCCGAUGGAGAACGGGAUCGUGAGGAACUGGGACGAUAUGAAGCACCUGUGGGACUACACUUUCGGCCCCGAGAAGCUCAACAUCGACUCGCGGAACUGCAAGAUCCUGCUCACGGAGCCGCCCAUGAACCCCACCAAGAACCGAGAGAAGAUCAUCGAGGUGAUGUUUGAGACCUAUCAGUUCUCAGGCGUUUAUAUCGCCAUCCAGGCCGUGCUCACUCUUUAUGCGCAAG